GUUUUAUUAUUUAAAAUUCACUUAUAGUCUCGUGGCCUGAUCUUGCGUUUAUUGUGAGUUUUAAAGGGGCUGCUGCACCUGCAGGCAACGACGUGACGUCACGCGGGUUCGGUUGCGAUGCACGCGCGGCCCGGGAUUUUUACCGCAAUGCAUCAGUCCGCGCGUCGAUGCGAGCGUCACCGGGAACUAUAGAACUCACCGAACGACCCGCUCAGAAUGGCGUUAAAACCCGCCAAAUCACCGAUCAUAUUCACUCUAAUGCACGAGGAGUAUAUCUGAUCUGAGGAGUAUUACAUGAUAUUUAUAAAGGCAAGUUCAUAAACCACUGUAUCUGCAUGAGUACAGUCAGUGUGCAUUAAUGUAUAGCUAUAUAUAUAUAUAUAGAUAUAUAUUAAUGCAUGUAUUUAGCUACUGAAUUCUAUGUGCAUGUGCAUUAGUUUACUGCGAAAUCAAUGCAUCAUGUAAAUACUGCUCUCAAGUUCUGUAAGUAUUAGAUAAUGCUGUGAAUUAAAUACGACCGUGCAUUAUUUUAUGAACAAGUAUUCUAUGAUAGAAAAGCAACAAAACUGCAUUGAGCCAAAGAAUCAGGGGCUGUUCAAGCACAUUUCACUGGCCUCUUAUGCACAUCUUUAUACUGCAAAUAACCUACGAGUCUAGUCCUCUGCCUUCAUUACUGGAGCACAUUUAAAUAGAGACUCUUCCAUGUGAGCUCGUCUUAUGGGCCUGUUAUGAAGAUACAUCACUGUGGACACUAGAGUCUCACCCAUCAGACAGACAGACACAAUGAUGGACGUGUGUGUGAGACGGUUUCUGCUCCUGUGUGUGUUCUGCACGCUCUCAGUGUCUCUGUGCAGCGGUGCGUGUGCGGAGGUGGAUUCGGACACCGAGGCUGUGGCAGGUCAGGAAUUCAAACUGGGCUGCAUUUCCUGCAAGAUGCGAGGAGAGGUGGAGGCCACUGCGACCGUCGACUGGCACUUCAAAGCACGAGGAGAACCAGGCUUUGUGCACAUUUACAGUUAUGAUGGUGAUGCCUCCAGUAUCAUAGAUGAGCGUUUUGAGGGCCGACUGGAGUGGGACGGCAGUAAAAAGACAUAUGACCUGCAGGACGCAUCUGUUCUUAUCAAUAACGUCACCUUCAACGACUCUGGCGUUUAUCGCUGCACCUUCAACCGAGUUCUGAGCUACGAGCACUACGAGUACUCCACCAUCGCCAGUAAAGUGGUGCACCUCACCGUGGUGGCCAAAGCCACACGUGGUACGGCGUCUAUCGUGUCAGAGGUCAUGAUGUAUGUGUCCAUCAUCGGGCUGCAGCUCUGGCUGUUAGUGGAGAUGAUCUACUGCUACAGGAAGAUCGCAGCGGCAGGAGAGGAAGCGCUGAGAGCCAGCGCCGCGGAGUAUUUAGCGAUCGCAUCAGAGAGUAAAGACAACUGUGCUGGUGUGCAGGUAGCAGAAUAACACAGGUUUUCUCUUCCUCUGGACUGCUAUCAUUCCUCCGGCUACCUUCACAAACUCCCUCAACCUGUUUUUAUAACCUUUUCUUACCUCUUUACCUGACUCUGUUUCGCAUGACUUUAAUGCUAUGCAUGGUUAAAGGCCCGGCAAACAGCCAACUGCAUACAUUUGAAGCAAAAAAUGUAAAAUUACUAGUGGAAAAAAAUCCACAAUUUCCUCUAUUUACUGCAAUAUUUCAACUGUGUGAAAUAGAAAAUUGCAAUACUUCGAUUUUGCACUAGAGAUCAGUAAAGAGCAACAAAUGCUUAGUUGAUCUUGACAUAUUGAGGACAUAUAUAUAUAGUAUAAUGUAAUAUCAGAUGGUCUGAAAGCCAAAACGCCAUGCAAUGCUAUAGUUGCAUGAGCCAACUGUGAAUGUGAAUGCAAUUUAAUUAUAGAUGCCUCAGGCACUAUCAACAGACUAAACGAGCUUGAUAGAGUUGAUCAUUUUUAGUUUUAUAUUGUACUUGAUAAUCCUGUUGCAUAAGGUUUAUUAUGAGUUACAGAAGUGUAUGUGAGCACAUACUGUAUAUGAGAACUGUAGUUGUGAAUGUAGCACUAUACUGUAGGCAUGUUCAGACGCUGCUCAACCUGAACUGAAUGUUUGAUUCGAUAGCGAUUACCUCCAUUGUGGGAAAGUGCAUUAAGACAUAUGAUAGCUCAUAUCUCACUCUGUGACGUUAAUGCAUGCCCACACUGCAGCCGAUCAAUGCAAGUAUCCUAUAUCAAACCUACUCACCUAAAAUAGGCCAUUUCUGCACACGAGCAUGAUGUGAUGUCAUGUGAUGAUAUAAUGUGAUAUUCUGUGUUAAAUGCAGCACUGAAUGCUGGUGGGUGGACGUGUAGAGAGAGAGAGAGAGAGAGAGAGAGAGAGAGAAUGUGCAAAGUAAAAUCAGUUCGAAUGAAUUUUGCGCACUGUUUUAUUUAUAAUCUAAAGGGUUUUCAUGGAGGAGAACGAUAGGGGGCGAUUUAACGUAAAUUAGGCCAUUUUUCAUAUUGAGAUGACUGUAAAAAAGUGGCCUAAUUUACAUAACUUUGAAACAAUGUAGACAUUUCAUUAAAUAUUAAAAACAUUCAAAUGAGACACUUACAAUGGAAGUCAAUGGGGUCAAUAAUCUGUAAACAUUAAAAUACUCACUGUUUCAGAAGUAUAGACACAAGACAUAAACAAUAUGUGUGUUAACAUGAUUUUACGAUGAUACAAUCACUUACUGACUACAUCUGUGGAAAGAUAUAGACAAUUUUACAACUGCGUUACCAUGGCAACUAAACCUUGUAAUCCUGGUAUUGGCUCUAACGUUACACAGAAAAGGCUAGUAAGGGAUUUUAUCACACUAAAAUCAUGUUAAAUCAUGUUUAGUGCCCUGAAAAUAGUGGAUUUUGUGGUGUGUAAGUAUAAGUAUAUAUUGCAAAAAAAGAGUAAGUACCUUCUACAUUGAUUAGGUUAGUUGAAGCGUGAACUUGAAAAUAUUAAGUAAAUCUACAUUUGUACUCAACUCAAACAUGUUGAAAUGAAUGUUCUAGCUUGUAAGUAAAUAUUAUUUAUGAUCAUUUGUUAUCUUUACAGUGCGUCCUCAUGUAUCAGUCUUAAAGUAGAAAACCGUGUCAUAUUUAUUUGCUAAUUUGAGUAAGUGUUACUUGUAAAUAAAAUAAGUAAAUUGAUGUAACUUUUGGAAGCUUAAACAAUUAAUGUGCUGUUUGCACGUUUAUUUACACCGUUUUUAUUGGUUGUAUUUUUUUUUUAUCCCCAAUUUCUCAUGCCCAAUUCCCAAUGCGCUCUAAGUCCUCGUGGUGGCGUAGUGACUCGCCUCAAUCCGGGUGGUGGAGGACGAAUCUCAGUUACCUCCACGUCUGAGACCGUCAAUCCGCGCAUCUUAUCACGUGACUUGUUGAGCGUGUUACCGCGGAGACGUAGUGCAUGUGGAGGCUUCACGCUAUUCUCCGCGGCAUCCACGCUCAACUCACCACACGCCCCACCGAGAGCGAGAACCACAUUAUAGCGACCACGAGGAGGUUACCCCAUGUGACUCUACCCUCCCUAGCAACCGGGCCAAUUUGGUUGCUUAGGAGACCUGGCUAGAGUCACUCAGCAUGCCGUUUUUACUGUUGAUUUUGUUGUCACGUUUGUUAACUUCUUGUGUUGUGAAGUGCAUUUUCUACUCGGAAUUACCCAUUCAUGACAAAAAAAAAACAAAUUAUCUGUUGAUGGUAUUUUGUGCACUAAGUGUUGAGGUGUGGCUUUGUUAAGUGAUUUUCUCAGUAAUAGUGCAAGUGAUGAUAUCCAACAGAUGGCAUACUGGAGCAUGCAUUAUGCUUCCAGUGAUCGGCAUGUGAUACAUGAUGAAACACGUGUUAAUAUGUCCAGUGUGAAGUGUUUGCAUAUGAUGCUCAUCUAAGCACUACUAAGUUCAUUUAAGUACCAUUAUGGAUUGGUGGUGGCGUGGUGGGCUAAAGCACAGAACUGGUAAGCAGAAGGUUGCCGGUUCGGCCACCCCCAUUGUGCCCUUGAGCAAGGCACUUAACUCCAGGUUGCUCUGGGAAGAUUGUCCCUGUAAUAAGGGCACUUAAGUCGCUUUGGAUAAAAGUGUCUGCCAAAUGCACAAAUGUAAAUGUAAAUUACAUCAGAUUUGUAAGGAAAAGUUACUGUAUUAACUGAAAUGCUUAAGUUAAAAUUACUCACUUUAUUCGAUAUUAUGUCAUGAAGUUUCACUUAAAUUGAAUUACAUUUCAUUUGAUUUUAUAUCAUUAAAGUUUACUUAGAAAAACUGUGGGGAAACUAAGAUCUAAAUCUUACGUCAUUUUAUCAGUGUGUGUACAACUUGAAAUUUAAAACAGUAAAAUGUACUCAAAUGAGCGAAUAAAUAUUACAAAGUAUUUCUACUUUAGAAUUUAUACAUGAGGACACAUCGUAAAGAUAACAUUCAUAACUAAUUUGACGCGGACUAUCACACCUGGAGUCG